AUGGCGCCAACGAACCCACCAAGAGUCGAACGGAGUUCCAAGAUGCACUCAAAAGUCGUCAUCAUUGGCUCAGGCCCCGCUGGACACACCGCCGCGAUCUACCUGGCGCGUGCGAACCUCAACCCGGUUCUUUUCGAGGGAUUCAUGGCGAACGGCUUUGCUGCUGGUGGCCAGCUGACCACAACGACCGACGUGGAGAACUUCCCAGGUUUCCCCACCGGUAUCCUGGGUCCUGAGCUCAUGGAGAAAUUCCGUGAACAGUCUGUCAGAUUCGGCACGCGCAUUAUCACGGAGACCGUCUCGAAGAUCGAUCUCUCAGCACGGCCAUUCAGGUACUGGCGCGAGAUGCAGGAGGACUCCGAACCCGAGACGGCAGACACUAUUAUCAUCGCUACCGGCGCAAGCGCAAAGCGGAUGGGUCUCAAGGGAGAGCAAACAUACUGGCAGAGUGGUAUUAGUGCUUGCGCAGUUUGUGAUGGCGCCGUUCCUAUUUUUAGAAACAAGCCCCUAGCAGUCAUUGGAGGAGGCGACUCUGCAGCUGAAGAAGCUACAUACCUAACGAAAUACGGUUCUCACGUAUAUGUCCUUGUCCGCCGUGGCGAGCUCAGAGCAUCGAAAAUCAUGGCUAAGCGGCUGCAAAACAACCCAAAAAUUACCAUUCUCUGGAACACCGUCGCUACUGAAUGCCAAGGCGAUGGGGACCUUCUGAACAACCUCCGCAUUAAGAACGUCUUGACCGGAGAGGAAAAAGAUCUCCAAGUUAACGGGCUGUUCUACGCUAUUGGCCAUGAGCCCGCAACUGCUCUUGUUCGCUCCCAGCUGCAGACUGAUCCUGAUGGCUACAUCAUCACUGUGCCAGGAACGACGCAGACCUCCGUGAAAGGUGUCUUUGCAGCAGGUGACGUCCAGGAUAAGCGCUAUCGGCAGGCUAUCACGAGUGCGGGGAGCGGCUGCAUGGCUGCGCUGGAGGUUGAGAAGCUGAUUGCGGAAGAGGAGGAGCUUGGAGAGUAA